CCAAAACACACACACACACACACUCGGCGCUGGGCAGACGCAGGGAACGGCUCCGCUGGCUGUGUGUUAGAGAGACACGGAGCGACUCAUUGCAUUUCUUCUGACUGUGUGUUGGUGAUGUAAUUGUUUAACUCCAGCAGGUCAUAACAGGGCGAUUUGUCCGUUAAUCACCAUAUGAGAUCCGUCAGCGGGACACCAGACACAGAGACGCUCGAGAAACCUAUUUUCAGGUUUGGCGAUGUGGCUGCGCGUUCUGUUCACGUGUUUGCUGCUUGAGUUCUGCGGCGCGGCUCCUCACGCUCACAUCAACCGCCUCGCACUCUUCCCUGACAAGAGUGCCUGGUGUGAAGCCAAAAACAUCACGCAGAUCGUCGGACACACGGGCUGCACGCCACGAUCCAUCCAAAACAGGGCCUGUCUGGGUCAGUGUUUCAGCUACAGUGUGCCCAACACCUUCCCACAAUCCACCGAGUCUCUGGUCCAUUGUGACUCCUGCAUGCCAGCGCAGACACAGUGGGAGGUGGUGACUCUGGACUGUGCUGGCAGCGAUGAAGCCCCGCGUGUGGAUAAGCUAGUGGAGCGCAUCCUUCACUGCAGCUGCCAGUCGUGCAGUAAAGAGAGCAGCCAGGAGGGGGCGCUGCUGCAGCUGUACCCUUCAGAGGGAGCGCUGGAGACGCCGUCGCUCCCAGACGCUACACACACGCAGCACGCUCACAUGCAUGCCCACGCGCAUUCUGACAUACACACGCCUGAGGCGGGGUGAUGCGCGCGCAUACUUACACUUUACAGCCUACUGAACUCUGUCUCUCUCUCUGUCUGUCUAAAGCACUUUUUCACAUAGAGAUCACAACACUAAUCAACACUUUAUCACGGUCACUGAAGCUUCAGUCAGCUCUGUGAAUAAAUGCGCACACACUCACACACUCAACUAUAUAUUACUGAUGCAUUCACUCACGUCCAGAUCUAUAGGCCUAUAUCUGUAAUGUAGCCUACUGAAACACGUACAGUCAGACUGUGUGUCACAUAUAUAAUAUUGUUUAAUCACAAUAAAAUGUGAAAUCAC